ACUAAAAAUAAAAAUAAAAAAAAAUAAAAAAAAGCAAAGAAAAUAAAAACAAAAUAAAAAUGGGUGUGGAAAGAGGUGUAGCAUGUUCCUCGCGUCGGGGUAAACAAUUUGCUCGAGAUGACUUGGGCCCAAAGCCGGUGCAUCUGCGUGCCCUUAGAUUCCACGGCUUAUUUGGCAUGCCCCUCGUGCGCCAGCAUUUCAUAGUGGACCCUAACUGGAGCCCCGAGUCGUUAUACUCCCAAUUGUCUGGCAUGAACGAGUUGCUAGCUCGAAAUGCGAUUUUCAAGCGACACGAAUUAAAGAUCAAUCGACAGCGGUACAUUGAAGAAAGUAAGCGACUCAAAUCGCAAUGCCGCAAUGGUUUUGUCAAGCUACGGAACAUCCUCUCAAACAAUAAUACGGCGGCCAUUCGGAACAUACUGACCGACUACAAGGACAUGCAACGUCUAUACCAAAGGAUGCCCAUCCAUCUCGUCUUAGACAACAUCAAUCAGCGCACAUUUGUCAUGCGUAAGGAACGCGAUCGUCUCGAGUGCCGACUGGGUAAGCUGAAGGAUACAUAUAGAACGCAACUGAAACAUCGCGCAAUGUUAGAAAACCGUAUAAAAUAUCAGAAUGAGUUUGUCCUGGUGGAGGAGUCCAAGUCGCGUGAGUUUAUGAGGAGAAUUGAGAACUCGCAAGUGCGCUUGAAAGCCAUCAAGGCCAUCAAUCUAGCAUAUAAGAAAAUGGUGCGAGUGCUAAUCCAAGAUGCUAUAUUCUACGACCCUAUACUGCGUUCUCUCAGUGACGAUAUGGAGGAUCAGACGAAUUUUAUUAAGCACAUACUCCAUCUGGGCAUGCCUGCCAUAGUCAAGUUUAAGGAACUCAAGUACGAGUAUUUCCAGAUUGAGGCAAAGUUUCGGAAGAGCAUACAUGAGAAGGUGAGUAUUUUAGGAUCGUUGAAAGUCCAAGGGAGGGACGCCGAUGGCGCAUAUAAACGCCAGAUGAGCAAGAAGGCCGAUGAGGGGACCAAUAGCAGGCUGUAUGAACGGGAGACACAUAGUAUGUUACUGCUCAAGAAUGUACUGAAGGUCAUCGAGGGUGUUAUCAGGGAUCUGAAAGUCGGUACUCUGUGCUCCCAAGCCAAGGAAAUAUAUCCGCGGAUGAAGACCGCGAUUGAACGCAAUCGCAGGUUGUCCAGAACCGCUGAGUUUGAAGAAAUUACUCGAUAUGCCCUCGAGGACAGAGUCACAUACGCCACUGUGAUAGAAAGUCUUUUAGCCAAUAAUCUGGAGGAUCAGGAAAUUCAGCGUCUCAGCCAAAUAAACGGAUUGAAAACAACUUUGGCAGAGGCACAACAAUUUGAGCAGGACACAUUGAGACAUAUGAAAUAUCGCGCCGAUGCAUUCAUUACGCUUCGCUGGUCUCUGUGGAAUCUUAUUGCAAUAUUGCAACAUGUAGAGGGUAAUCCCAAAGUAAGACGCAUCACUUAUCCGAAUUCGUAUCUGCAAUUGCCUCUGCUUAGAUUUGAAAUGCUAAAUACGUAUGCUCAUGCCCCUGAGCUGUACGACGUAGACAUUGAACGUAUUAUGCAUGUGCUCAAGCGCAAGGUAUUUAAGUUGAUGAAGGCCUACAACUCGGAUAUGCAAUCCAAAGUAGAACAGUAUAGAGAGAAGUAUCAUUCGGAUUAUUUGCGCUCCUGUGAUGUACUAGACUUUUCAUCGGAUGAAGAUCGGGGGCCGGCGGCGGCUGAUGGUCGGGAGUUAGUAAAUGAGAGGUCCAUGACCAAUGUACUCAAUCGCAAUCAGAUUAAGUUGGAAAGUGCCAAAUGUAUUGAGCAAGCACUUAGAAUAUAUAAUGCAUAGAGUGUAUGAGUAUUUAUUGAUCAGUUGACUAA